CGCAACUCUGUAGCAGGGAGCUGCCGAAAGUAUCAAUCUCUCAUUACAGCACUGUAAGGAUCGACAACUCUGUAUGAGAGAUUGAAAAAAUAUGUUAGGCUUUUAUGGAAAUCCCGUACAGAGUCAGAGCGAAACUAGAAAGUAGAAAGUGAACAAUGAAUGCUCAAGGGAACCUGUUGUUUUUUGUGUUGGGUGUUAAUGCAGUGUUGAGCCAGGGCAUGCCGAUCACACGUGCGUGUGCUGGUGAAAAUGUGACGUUAGAAUUCAAGCCUGUUGUAAAUGAGUCCCUGACCAUUCAGACCUUUGUUUGGCAAAAACUGGCUUUAAAAGGAGAUACUAGUUUUGCAAAAUUCACUAACAAGGAAAAAAACUUUGACAUCUACCCCGAUGACGUACAAGGAGGAAGACUGAUUCAUAAUCACAAUGACAAAUCAGAGAUAAAUAAUCUGAUUCUAAAGAACAUCAGGAAAUCUGAUUCUUCCCAAUAUGUCCUUGUGAUAAGAUAUACAACCUUUACAUCAAAAGAUCCAGAAUAUGUUAUGCAGUUAGAAGUCAAAGAUGUCUGCUUUGAGGCACCCAAGCAGGAAGGUGGAUGUGCAGUGUCAACUUGUUUUACGGGAGACAAUGGGAUGUUGAAACUGAAUAAUGACUCAGGAUCCAUUGUAAAGGUGGAUGGUUACAAAAUGGUGAAAGUUUGUGAAAAUUCCCGAGAUCACAAAAUACACCCAACUGUGGGAAUGGUCAACUACACAGAUUCGAUCCACUACAUGUAUCCACAAUUAGCAGCAUCGGGAAACUAUUCCUGCUGUAAUGCUGAUGGCGUUUGUAUGGAGCAAGUAUUCCAAAUAUUAGACUGGCGAGAAUCUGGCGCAAUGGUCAAUGAUACAGACUGGCGAGAAUCGGGCGCAAUGGUCAAUGAUACAGAGAAGAAGGAGGAGGAAGUAAAAGACGGUGGCGUCAGUGUGAUAACAGCUGUUGUAAUAAUGGCGAUCUUAGUUGUCGUUGGAGUUGUGAUGGCCGUACUACUGAUUCUCCAAAGGAUGAGGGUCAUUCACCUGCCAUGUGUGACGCAAUCAAAUCAAGAUGACACUAUAAUGAGGGAGAACAACACUCAGGGGGAAGGAAAUGAUGCAGAGGGACAACCUUUAAGAAAUGGCAAUGAAGCAGCAUGAAGAUUGAAGAAAUGCAGCUGAAACUUGGCAUGGAGGGUGUGAAAGUGCUACGGAAACACCUUAUGCAUGUGUGACAUCAAGAAAGUAAUUGCGUCAAAAUAGGAAAAUAAAAUACAUUGUUUUUAGUUUGAGUUUUGAGAGAGAGAUCCUACUAGAGCUUUCAAAUUUACACAAUAGUGUUAAAAAAAUUAGACAUUUGAUUUUGUUACAAUAUACAAAUUCCAGCCUUAGCAUAAUACAUGUAGUUGUUAAUGGGAUUAGGUACAGAGAAAUUCUUGAUGUCUAGGUUUAUUGUGAAAGGAAAGCCGUGAGCAUGGCCAGAAUGCUUCGCUCAGUUCUUUGAUAAAAAUACUUUUUAUUAGACCAUCAUUAAAAAUAUUUUUGUUUGAUGUACUCCGACCCACAUUUUUCAAGGUGGGUCGGUAGGUAGGUGGAUUUUUUUUUAAUGUCAUGAAAUUUUUUAAUAUUAAUUUUGUUUUAAAAUGAGGAGAAUUUUCUAUUUUUCAAGGGAACCAAAAAAAAAAAAAUUAAAUUUUAAAUUGCUGAAAAAAAUAAUCAGGUAGGAGCAAAUUUGACGGAUCGGUCGGAGUACAUCAAACAAAUCAAUUUUUAUUUUUGGCCUUAGUAUAGUGUUAACAUUUUCCUAUAGGAAUGUAAACCUCACCAAAUAUAUUUGGCAAAAUCUGUUGUGUCCCUUUGAAUCACUCGGUUUCAGAUUUCAGUGUUGCAUUUUAUGACUAAGUUUUAGUUAUUUUGCUACAUAUUAAAUGUUACUACUGGAGAGAGAGGAAAAAAAUCCUGUGGAUUGGAGAGAAACUCUUGAUGAAUGGAGAGAAAUUCUUGAAGUUGAAAGAAAGAAAAUAUUAAAGUGCACCAUUUUUGGUAUACUGACUGCUCAGCAUUUACAUUCAGUAAUAAUGUAUUUUUAGUUUUAUACAAUUUCUUGCCUGAUGAUUCAAUAGACUUUUAAGGUUGCUCAUAAUAUCAACACUUGUACUGUUUAUGAUAUACUAAGUCACAAGAGGGCAAAUUAAAUAUCUUAGGAAAUUAUUUGUAUCUUCACUUGAUUUGUUUGUCUAUCAGCCCAGUAAGUGACUUAAUCAAGUUAUUGACCCACAGAUCAUGAGUUCAAAUCUGAAAGAGCCUUUUGUUCUUAUUUUAUUGAUGUAAAGUUUUUGAAAGUUGUGUUUUUUAAAUACAAAGGUACAAAAGUUUUGACACGUGUACAUGUACUUAUUUCAUAUGAUCAUCAUACCUUCACAGUCGAAUCAUUUCAUGGGGAUUUUAUAUUUCAAGUUGUAGUGAACCACUUUCAAUGUCAUAUGUAAGUCUUGGUCAUAGUGGUGUAUUUUGAUGUACAGCUGUAAACACAAAAGUAGACAAUAUGUGCUGGGAGUAUAACAGGCUUAUCCAUAAACCAACUGUUAACUUCCUACACAAUAUAUACUGACAGUGCAGCGAUUUGUUUCCUUAUAUAACUAGUACCGAUAAACGGUACCAUUCCCAAUGCCAAAAACCAUUGAUUUUUCCCAAUUUUGAGACUAAAAUUCCCAAUUUACUUGCCGAAAAAUAGACCGCCGACAUCGUAAUUUACUUAGUCUAAAACGUUGUACAAGUUAAAUCGAAAGUACAGAUUAUGGCAGUGCGCGUGUUUUGUAGAACUACGACGAUUCUAAAAUGAAGCUACGACGAUUCCUUAUGUAUCACAACAGCAAAUAUUACCGUAAAAAGGUUUACAAAGGGAUGACUACUUCUUGUUUUGUUCUCUUUUUUCUUUUCUUUUAGUUGAAAUUAUUUGCCGAUACAUUGGUAGAAAAUUCCCAAUUUGUUUGAUUUUGACGCUAUUUUUCCCAAUUGAAUGGGUACCAGUACCAGUGGGUAGAAAAAAAUCGCUGCAGUGUAACUGUCAACUUCCUACACAAUAUAUACUGACAGUGCAACUGUCUACAUGCUGGUAUUAUAACAGGGUUAUCCAUAAAUCCUACUCAUGCAUAUAGUUAAGUUGGGGGGUUGGUUUUUUGGGGGGGAUGUUAAUUGGUGUUGUUUUUGUUUUUUCUUUUUGGAGCAUAGUAAAUAUUGAAGACAAUGGCAUCUGUUCGUCAAUUGUGUGAUUGAUAGCUUUAUUUCAAGUAUUAUUGAAAUCAAUAUCAAAUGCUUUUUUUAUAUUAUUGAAAAAGAUUAUAAUUUUGACAUUUGUGUACAUGUAUUCAAUUACCUUGGCUCAUGAGUGUUGUAGUGUGUACAUUUUAUAAAUCUAAUAGUGAUUGUAAGUAAUGAUUUUGAUUAAAUGUGUAUUGUGUAAAUGAAUACUGAUGUAAAAAGUGCAAUUCUUAUACGCGAGAUGUUAGAUGGGACGCAUUAUGUUAUGGCACGUCCGUGCGAUCAUCUGUGUGGCUGUCCGAGGUCACGUUAUCUGGAUUUUUUUAAUAAUAAAUGUAUAUUCAGCAUUGAAAUUUGGUCACAAUUUCUCCCACAAGAAGCGCAAGAGUGAGUUUGCAUUUUAGCGGGAUUAGUGCAUUGUGACCUACUUUAGGGCUAAAAGUAGGUCAAGCAGUUUUUUGGACUUUUUUUGUUAUGGAUACAGAUAUUGCACUGAAAUUUUGUCAUCACUGUCCGACGGGUGUAAGAUGUGCCAUUUGCGACACUCUCAUUUAACAUGACUAGAUUACCUAAAGGCAAAAAGUCGAAAGACAAAGCAUAAUAGUAAUUGAAAGGGAGAAAAUGCAACUAGACAAAACCGAAACUCAAACCUCCUGAAUCUGUAGUCAGGUGAUCUACUCACUAAACCGUCUGGCACCAGCAAUUGAACCCAUCAGACUACCACAUUUUCCCCCACGUAAAUGUCAUUUCACUGCAAGACAUCAACCCAAGAUCUUUAUCCCCUGGCAGGCAUUUUUCACCUGUCACUUCCAGGGGCUGGUCUAUGGCACCAAAUGUAAUGGGGAAAGGGAUGAAGGCCAGGGUUCAAAUCCCGGUCUGAUUCGUUACAUUUUUUUUAGUUGAAAUUAUUGAAAUGCCGUAAUUAAUGAUUGUAGAAUCAAAUUAUCAACUGUAGUGUAAUAUCAAUAACAGAUGCAUGUACUUUGUACAGAAUUUUAUAAAUGUUCACAGUUGUAACUAAAUAUGAAGUUAUCUACAUGUAUCUAGAUAAAUUACGUAAUAUGAAGUUAUGUAUAGAUAAAUUAUACACAUAACAUGUUCUAUAUAUCGAUGUAUGUGAUGUAAUUUAUUGUAUAGGUGGAUCAAGCUGUUUGGAGUGUUUUUAGUUAAGUUAAAUUCAGCCUAACAAUCAAGGGCGGAACAGACCAAUUUUGGUGACAGUUCACUUUUUGGUAUCAAUAAAAUAGUCUCAGCUUCAACAAUCAAAAUCAACAAAGAUUGUAGAGGUGAAUUCUUUCCUGUCUUGUUUCAAACUAUUUUCUUAGUACAAUUCUUGCAAAGAAACUACCAUUCCAUUUCUUUUCAAAGUCAGUAUAUGCAGCAUCUUUGAGACAAAGGAAACAUAAAUUGUAAAUUUCAGGACCCUUGCACCCCCAAAAUUGACCAAUUUUCAGAAACCUUCUCUACAACCACACGUGUAAGGAAAACAACUAAAUACCUGUAGAGCAUUUUGUUUUGAGAUUUGUAUAUUUAUGUAUUAUUUCUGAAACUUGUACAUUUUAUUGAACAAUGCUUCCCUUCCUACAAAACCAAGCUGUCACAUUGUUCAUUUGCUUCUUGUAGUUCAUCUUGGAGGAUGAUCAAGAUCUGCCUGUCUGUUGUUGAAUACCCUCCAGAAUUACUAGACAGACUUUAUCCAAACUUGGUAUUAAUGAUGCACUGUAUUGCUGGGUAAAGGGGUAAUAGUAUGAGAUGAUUUUAUAUGGAUUUUUACUUGAGUCAAUAAUAAGCUUUCAUGUGAAAGUUUUCUUGUAAAGUAUUAUACAUAUAUUAUUUUCCCAAACACAAGGCCAAAAGUUCACAACUGAAUCCAUCAAAUUAAGAUUGCAUUUUUUCAAGAUAUUUCUAAUAAAACAAUUGCUUCAUGCAGUUAGUAUGACUCAAAUUAAUUUCAAACUUUGUUUCUGAAGAUGGAACACAAGAUUGUUUGGUAUAAAAAUAUGAAGGGAACUUGGAGUAUUUAUGCGUUGUAACGUUAACUGUAAAGAACUAUAAUGCAGCAAUAAUUUAACGUAAAUCAUUCCACCCUCUAUGAUAUGAGUCAACACGGCCUUCGAUGGCUCAGUGGGAAGCUACAGUAAAGGAUACAAAAUUUAUCGCCCUGUAGUGCAGGUGAGCAGUGUGACAUCAUUAGAUAUUGUACAUCUGUAAAAACCUUUGAUAAAUAAAAAUUCUCAAAACA